AAGAUCUUCGAGGGGAGGGGGGCGGGAGGGGGGUGGGGGAUCCCGAGGCGCCCGCGGCCUGAAUCUGGGAGGGCCAGGAGCAGCGCCAGGCGGCCCGCCUCGCCACAACUUGCCCCAGCCAGACAGGCUUCAUCCUGCACCCUGGAAGAAGGAGCUGGCCCGCCGCUUCCCGCUCGGCUGCUCCUCGGCCUCUGCGGGCCCGCCAAGCACUAGCAGCACGCCUGGGGUCCUGGUCCCCAGCGACGCCCCCGUCUGCCUGCAGCGCCGGGCUCCCGCCCAGGAGCGCGCAACUGGGGUGCUGGGGAUAUAAUGGUGAGCAAGAGAGACCACGGCCCUUGUUCCCGCUGAUCCUGAAGCCCAGUGGAUGGAGUCCACAGUUCACAGACCUGCCAGGAAAGACAAAAGUUUUCCUGAUGAUUGGUCCAAGCCUGGACUCCCUGGUGGACUGAGGAAUGUCUGGCUUUUCCUCAGCUUACUGGUCUCUGUGGUAGCCCUCAGGCAGCCGCCCUCACCAGAAGACCCCAAAAAUGAGAGGCCUGAGGUCUACACAUUGCUGCUAGAAAUAUUUUAGCCUCUCCAGAAAACAGAAUGCAGCUGCCACACAAGUUUGUAAGGGCCCUGGACGCACGCUGACCACGCGGGGGCCGCGCGCCCUUUGCUCUUGGUUCCCGCUCCGGACGCUGCCGUAGCAACGGCCAGACCUUAGGCCGUGGCUGCCGCCGCCGCCUCCUCCAGGGACCCGGCCUUCUCCCUCUCCUGAGGGGUGGGGCGGCGGCGGCCCGGGUAGACAAGACCUCCCCCUCCUCUGUUGCCCGCAGAGGUGGCGGAUUUGCUUCCAAGCAUGCCCUUCCAGAAGCAGGUCUACUACUCGCUCGGCAGCGGCCUCGAGGGUCCUGAUGGCCCCGCGGCCGCUGCGGCGGGCGCGGCCGCCAUGGCUUGUGUCCCCCCCAGCGCGGCAUCGGGCCACCUGCCCUUCUUCCAGUUCCGGCCGCGGUUGGAGAGCGUGGACUGGCGGCGGCUGAGUGCCAUCGACGUGGACAAGGUGGCGGGGGCCGUGGAUGUGCUCACGCUGCAGGAGAACAUCGUGAACAUCACCUUCUGCAAGCUGGAGGACGAGAAGUGCCCGCACUGCCAGUCGGGGGUGGACCCGGUGCUGCUGAAGCUCAUCCGCCUGGCGCAGCUCACCAUCGAGUACCUGCUGCACUCGCAGGAGUUCCUCACCUCGCAGCUGCACAACCUGGAGGAGCGGCUGCGCCUCAGCCUGGCCGACUGCGAACAGAGCAAGAAUCUCCUCACCAAGCAGGCUGGAGAGAUCAAGUUACUCAAGGAAGAGUGUAAACGCAGGAAAAAGAUGAUUUCCACCCAGCAGAUGAUGAUUGAAGCCAAAGCCAGCUAUUACCAGUGCCAUUUUUGUGACAAGGCCUUUAUGAAUCAAGCGUUUCUGCAGAGUCAUAUUCAGCGCCGCCACCCUGAAGAUUCUCACUUUGAGUAUAAGAAGAAGGCGCAGACUGAUAAGCUCCAGAAUGAGAUCGACAUGUUGAAGGAGCAGCUGCAGCUUACCAAGUCUCAGUUAGAGGCUGCACAGCACGCCCAUGCGGUCCGAUUCUCUAAGGAAUAUGAAAUGCAGAAAACAAAAGAAGAAGAGUUUCUGAAGUUAUUUGACAGAUGGAAGGAAGAAGAAAAGGAGAAACUAGUUGACGAAAUGGAAAAAGUCAAGGAAAUGUUUAUGAAGGAAUUUAAAGAAUUAACUUCUAAGAAUACGGCAUUGGAAUAUCAAUUGUUAGAAAUCCAGAAGUCCAAUAUGCAGAUCAAGUCCAACAUAGGCACGUUGAAAGAUGAACAUGAGUUUAAAGAAGAACGUCCUCAGUAUCCCCAGGAUUUUCAAAAUGUGAUGCAACUUCUCGAUAGUCAGGAAAGCAAGUGGACAGCUCGAGUUCAAGCUCUUCAUCAAGAACACAAGAAAGAGAAGGGUCGGCUCUUGUCACAUAUAGAGAAACUUCGAACCUCAAUGAUAGAUGAUCUAAAUGCAAGUAAUGUUUUCUACAAGAAAAGGAUAGAAGAGCUUGGGCAGAGGCUCCAGGAACAGAAUGAACUGAUUAUCACUCAAAGACAACAGAUUAAAGAGUUUACCAGUAAACCAUUUAACAGUGUCAUUGAACCCAAAGGGAAUUCUUUAACCUGGCAAACUUUUGAAUCUAAGCCAACUGCCCCAGCUAUACCUAUGAAUGUUCCAGCCCCACAGACUUUGGAUGCUAAGUCAAGUCUAACAAUGGCACAUGAACAGGCAUUCUCAUCGCACAUACUGGAACCAAUAGAAGAACUUUCAGAGGAAGAAAAAGGAAGGGAAAAUGAGCAGAAAUUAAAUAACAACAAGAACCAUUUAAGGAAAGCUUUGAAGAAUAACCCCUCUCUCACUAAGGAAAUAAGAACCGUCCUGGAGCAGAGUUUGGUGGAGAAACUGGAAACUUUGGGGAUUAAUGCAGAUAUACGCGGUAUUCCAAGUGAUCAUUUGAAUAGAGUGCUAAAAACCGUGGAAUCAGCAAGACAUGAUCGAGAAAGACAAAUACCUAACAUUCAGCAAAUUCGAGAAUACCUUGAACAUGAGGUCAGCUGUAAAAUUGAGGAGAGAACAUUGCUGUCUUCAGAUAAGUACAGUGCUGCUCAAAUGGAUACCCUCUCAACUGGAGAAAUACCCAAGGCAAUACAACUUCCUCCCAAAAGCAGACAAUUGAUUAGACAAAGACCUGUUUUUACUGAUAGGACAUCUGUUCCAAAAAUUAAGAAAAAUAUCAUAGAAGAUAAUUUUCCAAGAAAGUCUUCGACUAUUAUGACUUCUCCCUUUAGUUCAGAGGAAGAGUUGGAUGGUGACGACCUCAUCCAGGCAUACACGUCCCCAGACUUACCUCCUGUGCAGUCAUCUAAAAGCAAGAGUAGCUUUGGAAAGAACAACGUCAAAAGUGACACUGACUGGACCGAGGGAAGUGAAAUUGAAGACUCCGAUAUUUCUCCCAAGCCCACAGGAACCUCCAUUAAAACGUUAACUGAAAAAGUUGAAAAGACGGUUUCAAAUCACAGAAAUGUGAAUAAGCCAGUUGGUGGGAUUAAUGUUGCUGAGGCAUUCACUAGAAGAGAAUUAAAAGAAGAACUAAAGUAUGCAGAUGUGGAUGACGAUGACUGGGACAUAUCAUCAUUAGAGGAAGAAAAAUCUUUGGGGAAAAAAACUGGGAAAGAACAGAAAGAACCUCCACCUGUGAAAAAUGAAUCAAAUGCUACUCAAGUGCCAAGUGCCUGGGGUGCACCUAAUCUUAAAGGACCAAAGGGAGAAGGACUUCAAGAUGAAUCAAGCACAUUAAAAAGCAGCUUAGUAACCGUGACUGAUUGGAGUGACUCUUCAGAUGUUUAACUGUAGUCCCACAUGUCAGAAGUUCCAGCUACCAACAGUAUUUCAGUAUCACAGUAUUUCAGUAUCACAGUAUUUCAGUAAUCUGCCAACAAGAUUCUAAUGCUCCUGCCUUACAGUUAUUUCCCACAAUAACAAGCUGAUUCAAAGAACAAGGGUCCCUUUACAGCACCUAGUACGGUACUGAAAAACAAACUGUCAAUAGUAUUUUGAAGCAUAUAAAGGUGUUUAAGACGUCUGCUGCUUAAAUAUAACAUGUCAUUGAGGUCAUAAAAAGUUUUUUCUUCAGAAUGGUACUCUAGUGUUUAAGUGUAUUUAUUUUUUCCAACUAAUUUUUAAGUGAAAUUUUAAAAAAUUAUAUCCUGUUUUAGUUUGAAUUAAACUUUUAAAAUAUCUUUCCUAUGUACAUUAUCACGUUGGAAGUGUUUUAUUAUAAAAUUCUGUUAGUAUCCUUAAAAUUGAAUUAGUGGAAUCAGUGAAAUCUUAAGUGUAGAUUGGUUAUUUUUCAUGUAGAAGUUUAGAAUUAUAAAAGUAGAGCUAGGCCCAUGUUAAAUACGUUUUCCAGAAAUACCUUUACCAUACGCAGCUUUGAGCCAUUGUAAGCAUGUUGUUAUUAAAUAAUUAUUUUAGAACUUUAAAUACCAUUUCUGCAGCAUAAUCUUUACCUGGAAUAUUUUAUGAAUAAAAUGUAGGUAUUUUAAAUGUCAAUUAAUUUAACAGAAUACGAAUAGAAAAGAUUGAGUCACUACUGAAUUCUUAAGUGUGUGUAGCUUUUUUUUAUCACUUUUUAAAAAUGUCCAACCUGUAUUAUAAAAUACCUCAAAACUAAUUUAGUUCUUUUCUUAACAAUAACAUUGUCAAUGGUCAGAAAGCUCAUAUAAACUGUUUUUGCAUUUUUUAAACUUUGUGGUGCUAUCUGUACUGUUUCCCAAAAAAGUACCAUUUUAACUAAAUGAUUUGUUGGGUAUUGGAUCUCUUUUCGUUUUGUCAACCUUUCAAGUAAAGCCCUCCAUUACAUCA